AUGUGCACAGAUUGCGGAUAGUGUCGUCUGCCAUGGACUGCGACAAAAUACCCCGAACUUGACGAACGUUCUUUAGGCAGGGCUUGUCUUUGGAGAAUCGGAGUUCAUUUUAGACUCAAUGCUCUCGAAUUCUGUCUGCCUUGUCUCAGUCAUGGGAACUUAUCGGAGAAGCACAAUUCGCUUUAUUUACUGCAGAGGCAAUGGUCAAAACCUAAGGGCAGCAUAUCACCAUGGAGGUGUGUUCCAUUCGACGCAAUGGUAGGACGAGGCUGCAAGAGUUUAGAGGCUCAGGGGAGCGAGCGAGGAUUCAAAUUUCGCGGAGGGAGAGGAGUGGAUCAAUGACGAAUAGAGCCAUCAGCCCGAGAGCACAAGCCGACGAGUGCCGAAUCGAGGAAAGUCCAGUGAGACCACGAAUUUCAAAGCCAUAUCGGACGAAUGCUACGACGGCAAAGCCCCAUUACCAAAAGCGUACGAAUGAGCUGAUUGUCGUUGGGCAUGACGGUGGGGAACGACAAGCUUUUAGGGUCAAUUGCAUGCCAGGAUUUCGAGGCCACCUUUCGGAACGCUCUGAAAAGACUACAGAAUCGUACGUCUCCCCGUUGCCAUCAGUAUCUCAGCCACCACAUCCGUCACGUCCAGAUCCAACAUCAAACAAUUUAUUCCCCAAUUCGACAUCGUCAUCCACAUUCAAAUGCUCUAGGACUCCGAGACAGUGACAGCUAACAACCUCGUACACCGGGGGAAAAUGAAUAAUUCGAAUCCCCCAUGAUCCGACUGCAGUUCCAUUUCCACCGUUCAUUCACGCUCUCAUUCCAUCAUUCAGUCCCGUCCGUCCCUCUCUCGUACGUCAGAGCGUUGCGGCGCUCUCGAAACCGACAGCAGGGGGGGGGAGCGGAUUGACGAGCCCACCGAUCCGAUGCCACCCCAACCCUGAAUGCACCGAAAGCCCCGACGCUCGCAAGCAAGCACUGCAAACCCUAAUUGCCAUCGACAGAGACGAUCGCUCCUCCCUCGCGCUCGCAGGGCGAACGAACUACCACCGGCCGCAGUUUUUCAUCUGCAGAAGAAGGUGCAGAGAGCAGCAGCAAGCGACAGCUGCUGUUCUACAGUAGUGCGCACUUUAUCUGGAACGUAGA